GGUAGACUGGGUAGUCAUGUUUGUUUUCUACUAAAUGUCCCUCUUUGAUGAGGCUCUCAACCAGUUAGUGGAGUUACUGCCUAAACUUGGUUCAGAGAAGAGGUGCCGUCGAGGUCACCACCAUAACAGACGCAACAGCUCAAGCAGCAUAUUCAGUCGUGUUUACAACAGGUGGAGACACCCUGAGACUGAUGCUGACAUCACUGAACCAUCAGCUGCAAUCUCCCUAUUACCUGUUGCUGCUGCAGUGGCUCAUGCGAGCUGCCAAACACUAGACUCCAGACCUGCACAUGAGCAACUUCUCCUAACCUACAUUAACAAGAGAACUGCUACCUCUUCUUCACCUCCGCGCUCUAAGGAAUGUCUUGUGAUGUCUCUACGGGACUCUGACAGUGGCACUGACGAAGACUUUGUAACUCCACUGCAGAGCCUACACGCCUCUCGUCACGUCCUCUCGCCCAUCUCGCGCUCCACUUCGCUGUACCUGUCAGCGAGCGACAUCCCAGUCCUGGAGACUUGUGCGUCUGCAGGCUGCAGCUCGCCCAUGUCUGCUGCCGACCGCGCCACUAGCCCAUGCAUGUCUGCAGACCACAUCACCGACAUGGACGACCUGCAGCUCAUGGACCAUCAGACCCACCCUACCCCGGACAUUGAAGAUACCCACGAACUCACUGCGCCGCGGCUUAACGGACCGAACCAUUCGUUCACUCUGCGCGACGGCAUGCGCAGCAUCGACUACGUGUUGGUGUGGCAGGAGACGAGCGAAGACCUGCCCCAUGACGAUGAUGACGAGCAGCUGACGGCGCAGCAGCUGCAGAAGAGGCUGCACAAGAAGGAAAUGAUUGACAUGCACGCCAAGAGACGACUCAUAUUCGAGGGCAACCUCGUCGAGGAGGGCAUCGUGCUAGAGGAGGACCGUGUCAAUGAUGUCCCGCUCAGAUUUGUGAAGAUUCACGUCCCCAUGGAAGUGUGUUGUCGAUAUGCCGAGAUCCUCAAGCUCAGGAUGCCCAUGAAGGAGAAGCUGGACCCGUACUUCAUGAAACAGCGAUUUGUCCUUCAUUUCCCCGGGCUGCCGGCGCUGGAGAUCUCGACCCCCGCGGUGCUACAGGACGUGAGUGACGUCAUCAGCCGCAUGUUCAACUUCGUACUCAAUGACCCCGCGCACUUCCCGCCCAUGGACAGACACUUUACUGCCGUCUACAGCAGAGACAGGGAGUACUUGUUUAACGUAAACGACGAGUUCUUCAGCGCCGCGAUCCGCGCCCGCAUUCUGGACUUCAUUUUGCGGCGCAAGCGCUUCGGUGCGGACGACGAAGGCGACGACUUCGCGUUCGGCAUCGAGAAGUUAUUGAGUGACGGCACCUACGUGGCUGCAUACCCCAUACAUGAGGGAGACUUCCAGUCUGGCCAAAACUCGCGCGCGAUCCUCUAUAAGCACUGGGCCUCCAUCAGGAACUUCUACAAGUACCAGCCUCUGGAUCACAUCCGGCGCUACUUCGGGGUGAAGAUCGCGCUGUACUUCGCCUGGCUGGGCUUCUACACAUACAUGCUCAUCCCGGCCUCCAUCGUGGGCUUCCUUUGCUUCUUGUACGCCGCCUCUACCAUCAACCUUCAUCAGCCCAGCAACGACAUAUGCAACCAGGAGCUAGCACGUCACAUAGAGAUGUGUCCUCUGUGCGACAAGUUCUGCGGCUACUGGAACCUCAACGACACCUGCUUCCAUGCCAAGUUCACAUACCUCGUCGACAACCCGGCCACAGUCUUCUUUGCUGUCUUCAUGUCCUUCUGGGCCGCUUUGUUCCUGGAGAUGUGGAAGCGCUACUCAGCCGAGAUCAGCCAUCGCUGGGACUUGACGGGCUUCGACAUCCAAGAGGAACAUCCGCGGCCGCAGUACCUCGCACGGCUCGCGCACAUCAAAAAGAAGACCGUCAACAUCGUCACCAAGACCAUCGAACCUCGCCCUCCCUUCUGGCGCAUGCGCGUCCCUGGCGUGCUCCUCAGCGCAUCGUCUGUACUGCUCCUGGUUAUGAUGGCGUUCGUUGCUGUGGUGGCCGUCAUCUUGUACCGCAUGUCGAUGCUGGCAGCGCUCAGUAUCCACGGUGAGACCGUCAUCACCUCGUACGCCAUCAUCUUCACCUCCACCACUGCUGCCGUCAUCAACUUGAUAUGCAUCAUGAUUUUCAACCAGGUAUACGCCCGCAUGGCUGAAUCCCUCACGGAGAUGGAGCUGCAGCGCACCCAGACCGAGUUCGACGACUCCCUCACUCUCAAGAUUUACCUUCUGCAGUUCAUCAAUUACUAUGCAUCCAUUUUUUACAUAGCUUUCAUCAAAGGCAAGAUGGUCGGAUAUCCCGGCAAUUACAAUAGAUUCUUUGGGUCACGUCAAGAGGAAUGUUCGCCUGGUGGGUGCCUCCUUGAACUGUCAGUGCAGCUCGCCAUCAUAAUGGUCGGCAAGCAGGCCAUGAACACCGUCGUCGAGAUGAUCCUGCCCAAGAUGUGGCAGUGGUAUAAAAUGCUUACUGUACCUCAGCAUCAAAGAGACACUCAUACCAGCUGGCCUCAAUGGGCUAAAGACUUCAAACUAAUCGACUUUGAUCCCCGUGGUCUCUUCCCUGAAUAUCUCGAAAUGGUCCUCCAGUAUGGCUUUGUCACUAUCUUCGUGUCAUCGUUUCCUUUGGCACCUCUAUUUGCGUUCGUCAACAAUGUGUUGGAAGUUCGUCUUGAUGCCAAAAAGUUGCUUACAAACUACAGGCGUCCAGUGCCUCAAAGAGUUAAAGAUAUCGGCGUUUGGUUUCGAAUAUUGGAUUCAAUCGGCAAGUUUGCUGUGAUCACCAAUGCUUUCAUUAUAGCAUUCACAUCCAACUUUAUUCCUGAACUUGUGUACAUGCAUGUAGUGUCUACUGACAACUCUUUAAAAGGAUUCCUAAACCACAGUUUAUCUGUGUUUGAAGUGAAUGAUUAUCCUCCUCAGUACAAACCUCCUUACGAUCCAGCAGAAAACGUGACGAUCUGUCGGUAUCCUGAUUACCGCAACCCGCCAGGCAGCGAGCGAGAAUACAAGUACGCGCCGAUAUUUUGGCACAUUCUUGCGGCCCGUUUCGCCUUCGUUGUUGUCUUCGAGAACGUUGUUUGUGUCGUGAUACUCUUGGUGAAGUGGCUCAUCCCUGAUAUGCCGUUCCGCCUUAAGGAACAAAUACGUCGUGAAGCAUACAUGACCAACGAACUGAUCGUUGAACAAGAGCUGCAGAUGGCACGCGAGGCUGCCACGCUGGCACAGACACCACAAGACGGUGACUCAAAUAAGCAUAUGCAAAGACUGCAGCGUCAGAGCUCUGCGCCUGCAUUGUCGGUCAGAGAGCGCAAGCCGGCUAACAGCACCAGAACUAAUCAUGAUUACUUAAGAGAAGAAUUCUUCGAAUCUGAGUCUCCAGAUAAAGCUUUAAAAAAUCCUUAGAUACGUUAUACGUAAUCAGAAACCAAAAAAUAUCCCGUAGCUAGACAUGUCUAUCUUGUUGAAUAAUUUGUGUUAUUUGAGUGAUAUGUAUGAUUUCUUAGUCUGGAAUUUCCUAAUUACUUGUAAGUAGUUUGUACAGAACAUAGCGUUUAUACAAGGUGAAUCUGUAUAUUAAACUGUGUCAGAACAAAGUUAAUCAUGUUACGUUGGAUGAUGUGUGGGAGACCAAGUAAUCAUGCUAACUGUGCCGUUACUUUGGUUUAAUUAGUUUUGUUCGCCUGCCUGCUCAAAAGGUUAACUAUUAAACAUUGUUAUCGUUCUUUCUAACACGCCAUUGUGAAACCAUGCCUUCAUCAUCAGGCUUGUAAAUUAUCUUUCAGAAGAGUGGAACUGAGUUUAUUCCUAUUCUCUGUCCAGCGCUCAGGCUCUAAGAUAGCAACAUUUACCAAUUACCAGGUAAAAUGCCAGAUAUAAGUUUACUCCCGAAUUUUUUUCUGUUUCUUUUUACUGUUGAACGUGAAGUUUGAAUCGUAGAGUUAUUAUUAUAUUAAUUAUUAUUAUAGGUAUUAAUUAUCUCUUCUCAAAGAUACCUCGCAAUGACGCGAGUGAAGCCUCUUUUAUAGACGUGCUCUGACGUCUUGCCUGCCCGCUUUGUCCUGCUUUUAUAAAGCACUAUAUAUUAAAACUUAUUACUUUUACAUUUGCAAUGGAUCAAUGUUCCUUUGCUUUGAUCAUUAUUCAAGUGCCACGUAUGAAUCUCUUCAAAACUUGUGAUCGAUUUGCUUCAUUAUGAAAAUAAGAAUCUCGUUAGUGAAUACCUUGUUUGAUGUUCUCUUUAAUGAGUAUUAUAUAAGAAUCUCGAGAGUUUAUCUAUGUUCAAUGUAUGAAUGUUUUUUAAUUAUGAAAGCCGCUAACCAUAUCGUUAAUUUGUUCACUAUUUAACACGCUUCUGUAGUUCUAAAGAUACCUUCUUCAAUCUUGAUGUUUUUUAGUUUAUAAGCAUUUGCGCAAGCAUGUGAACAUUAAUUUCUAUGCUCAAAAUGUACAUUAAACAUUAUUAUCGUGUUAAAAACUCUUAUUUUGUGGCCACGUUGGACCGAUGUAAUUUUUAGGUCAAGUAUUUAUUUUAGGUUUUUGAUUAGUUUUCUAUGUUUUUUAUUAGCGUUCUCGGGCCACGAAUGCUUCUUGGCCGAACGGCCAAUGAUGAAACUGAAAUCAGCAUCUGGUACUGUUGAGUUACUGAAUUUGUUCAGUAGAGUAAAAGAAAUUUUCUCCUGCAAGUCAACCUUGCCGCAUGAUGCUCAUCAUUUGUUUAAUACCUCGUUUUUCUUUUUAUCCUGCUAGAUUAUUAAAUUUUAUUGUCAUCUUUCCGAUUCGCAAGUUGCUCAUUCCUAAGCUAAUGAUAUUGACUUGAUGUUUCGAUGUGAUUUUUGUGUUGCUUUGUGAAGUUUCCUGAACACAUUCAUGUAAUGCUCGAUAUUUUAAUUGAUUCUCUCGUGUUGCUUUUCAGAUUUUAUUGGU